UUCCUCAUCACACCUCGGUACCUCACCAUAGUCGACGCAGCUAAUCAAGAUCGAUCAUGGGGCACCACGUGCGCCGAUUAGUCCUGGUGCUCCUCUUCGCCGCCGCGGCCAUGGCGACUAGUGAAGUGGAGACGACGCCGCCGAUCCCGGACCAGAUAGUCCUCCCGCCACUCCCGUCGCCGGCCGACAUCCCGGCCACGCCGCCGUGCCUGAACAGUAUAACCGUGUGCGGGGCAGUCUACGGGGACCCCUCCAAGCUGGCGCCGUGCUGCGUCGCGGUCAAGAAGCUCUUCAAGAGCGACCCGGAGUGCAUCUGCAACGCCGUCGGUGAGGCCCAGAAGUUCGCAAAGAAGUGGGGGGUCAACGACACCGUCGACGGCCUGGAGAUGUUCCGCCAGUGCCAGAUGCCUACCACCAGCUGCGACCCCCGAAAACCAGGAUCAGAAAAUAUUGGAAAUGCGGCCCAUACUACGCGAUCCUUUGGUGGCUUUCAGAUCCUACUUGUCUUCCCAUUAUUCUUCAUGAUGUAGGCCUGGAGUGCUGGAGGGCGAACUUUGCUUAUUUUUUUGCACUCCGUUUCUUUCAUUUUUAAUAUUAGGGAUCUUGUUUAUUUUAUAUGUUUGACUCAUGAUGCAAUCAAUAAAAAUCGGUGAGUGGUUUCUCUUCA